CGGAGAAGAAGAGCCACAAGCAUAGGCAAUCGCGUGUGCGAGAGAGCGAGCGAGCGAGCGAAGCGAGAGGAUCUCUGCUUCUACGACGGAGAGAGAGAGAGAAGAAAAAAACUGAGUAGAAGGUCGUACAGUAUCGAUCUAUGCAACUGAUACCCAACAUCUCGAUCCUAUGAGCUGGUUUGACAAGCUUCGUUGUUCUUCCAACCUGAGCCGCUUCAUUGCGGGCCUUCUCAUCUUCAUGCUCUAUCAUUCUUUCCGAUUAGUUUCCAAUUUCUUUAUUCCUAUACACCCUUCACAUAAAUCAUCAUAAUCAGUCACUUUCUCAUCGUUCCUUGCAAUUUCAAAUUCCAAUUGUUUUUCGUUUGUUCCUUUAUCGCACGUGACAAUUACGUUUUCUCAAUGGAAUCCAAGGAACGGGUCUCCCAUAAUCUGCUAGACGGAAAGAGAGAGGGAAUGCAUAGAGGCUGUUUCUCUUAACUCAAAUAAUUAAGUCAAGAUUUAUUGUAAUUAUAAUGGGGGCUCAUUUGCCUCCCAUAUCCAGAGGCAACAUGGUUCAACACCUUCAGUUAUAGUGAUUGGUGGUGGUAUAUCGGGGGUUGCUGCAGCACGUAUCCUAUCUGAUGCAUCAGUUAAGGUGAUCUUGCUUGAAUCAAGGGAUAGACUUGGUGGUCGUAUUCAUACUGACUAUUCAUUUGGUUGUCCAGUAGAUAUGGGAGCAUCAUGGCUACAUGGUGUUUGCAAUGAGAAUCCCUUAGCUCCACUGAUAUGUGGUCUAGGGCUUACAUUAUACCGUACAAGUGGUGAUGACUCCGUGUUGUAUGACCAUGAUUUGGAAAGCUACACACUCUAUGACGUGGAGGGCCACCAAGUUCCUCAACAGAUGGUCAUUGAAGUUGGGGAAACAUUUAAGAGAAUUCUAAAAGAGACAGGGAAAGUAAGAGAUGAACAUACCAAUGACAUGUCUGUUUUUCAAGCAAUUUCAAUUGUGUUGGAUAGGCUUCCAGAACUACGACAAGAAGGACUUGCCCAUCAAGUGUUGCAAUGGUACAUAUGUAGAAUGGAAGCUUGGUUUGCGGCAGAUGCUGACAUGAUAUCAUUGAAAAGCUGGGAUCAGGAGCAUGUUCUUUCUGGUGGUCAUGGGCUUAUGGUGCAAGGUUAUGACCCUCUAAUAAAGGCUCUUGCGAAAGAUAUUGAUAUACGUUUGAAUCAUCGGGUUACAAAGAUAUCCAACGUGUGUAAUAAGGUGAUGGCCAUGGUUGAGGAUGGAAGGAACUUUCUUGCAGAUGCUGCUAUCUUAACAGUACCCCUUGGAGUUCUCAAAGCCAAAUUAAUUGAGUUCGAGCCAAAGUUGCCUGACUGGAAAGUUUCUGCAAUUUCAGAUCUUGGUGUGGGAAAUGAAAAUAAGAUUGCUCUGCUAUUUGAUACAGUGUUUUGGCCUAACGUGGAACUUUUGGGCAUUGUUGCGCCCAGCUCUUAUGCCUGUGGUUAUUUUCUCAAUCUUAACAAGGCAACAGGUCAUCCAGUCCUCGUCUACAUGGCUGCUGGAAGGUUUGCAUAUGACCUUGAAAAGCUGUCUGAUGAGUCUGCUGCAAAUUUUGCGAUGUCACAACUCAAGAAAAUGUUUCCUAAUGCAACUAAGCCAAUUCAGUAUCUUGUAUCUCGUUGGGGAACAGACAUGAACUCUCUUGGUUGUUAUUCAUACGACUUGGUGGGAAAGCCUGAAGAUGUAUACCAGAGGCUUCGAGCACCCUUGGGUAAUCUUUUCUUUGCAGGGGAAGCAGUUAGUGUCGAAAACCAGGGAUCUGUACAUGGAGCUUACUCAGCUGGAGUUGUUGCUGCUGAAAUCUGUCAAAGGCAUCUCUUAAACAAACUUGGUAACAUGGAGAACCUCCAAUUAAUCUCUAUUGGGAAUGGAAUUCUCAAAGAUGCAAUUCCCCUCCAGAUCUCAAGGAUGUGAAGAAUCUGCAGUCUGCAGAUUAAAGAAAUUUAAAAAAAAAAAAAAUUGUAUUCUUUAAAGCUCUACAUGAAACACGGCUCUUUUGUGGCAGCAAAGUCGCUGGCACAAGAGGGGACGAAGGUGUGUUGGUAAAAGGUUCAUUGAAUAAAUUUUAAUAGAAUUAAUGUAUUCGUGAAUUAAGAUCUUUGUGAAGACGGUGUUGUAUGUAUAGGCAGAUUUUGCAUCCCAAAGUCCAACUUGUUACUUUUUUUUUUUUCUUUUCAUUUGAACAUCAAAUUAUGAAAACAGUAUAGAAAACG